AUGACCAAGGAACGGUGCCUUAAAAGGUCCUUUCAGGAUAGUCUUGAAGAAAUAAAAAAACGAAUGAAAGAGAAAAGGAAUAAGAACCUGUCCGAGCUUGGCAAACGCAAGUCAUUUGUAGCUGCACCGUGCCAAAUAACCAGCAACACUUCCACACUUCUAAAAAAUUACCAGGACAAUAAUAGAAUGUUAGUUUUGGCAUUGGAAAAUGAAAAAUACAAAGUGAGAGAAGCCGAAGAUGUCAUUCUACAACUGAGAAAAGAAUGCUACUACCUCACAUGUCAACUGUAUUCACUCAAAGAAAAAUUUACUUCACAACAAAUGAAAGAACUUGCCCAGAACCAGGAAGCAUAUCCCUCUGGAAUGGACACUAAUAAUGAUGACAGCUCUGGGGAGUUAUCUGUGAAGAAUUUACAGCAAAUUCCUCCUCAGGAAGCUGACCCCCCAGGACAAGUAGAAUCAUUCCGAACAGAAGAGCAGAUACCUGCUAUUUCUCCUGAAAGACUACAAUUUGAGUUUCAUUCAGAUGAAGAUAAGUGUCCCAAUAAUGCCUUACCUGGAAACGUAUCUGUCCGUCGAAAUUUAAAGAAAUAUUUUAGCAAUCAAUGUCACUUCAAUACAUUAGGUGACACCGAACUCAGUCAUCUGACAGGACAAUCUUUUGAAUUUGAAACAAUGAGAAUCGCAGACCCGCUCUUGAAUAUACACAUGCCUGGAAAUGUAGAGCAAGAUGUUUGUCAAUGGAACAAAGACCAAAAUAACUUAUCUCCAAAGCUGACUCACCCAGGAAGACUUACUGAAACAGAACUUAUUUUAGAGUCUAACUCUGAACAAACUAAAACUAAAAAUAGAAAUGCACAAAGAAGAAAAAGAGAAGAGAAUAGAAAAGCUAACAGAAGGAGAAAAUCAAAGUCUGUAACAAGAUGUAAAGGGAGCAAAUGUGAAAAUAAAAAAACUGUUUUCAAAAACAAAUUGAAUAAAGCUGUCAGUUCCAAUGAUGCUUAUAAUUUUAAUUUGGAAGAGGGUGUUCAUCUCACACCUUUCCGACAAAAUGUGAGAAGCAGUGAUUCUACAAGAAAAGAAAGCAGCAGUGAGUCUGAUGUCAGCAUCUGUGAAUCAAGUGAUUCAGGAGAUGAUUCAGAUGACUUCUAUUUGCCUUCUAAAAGCACUUGUAAGAACAUUAAAAAUCUGGACAUCAAAUUAGAUAGGAGCCCGAUCACAAGGCCUCGGUCUAAAAGAGCAACAAAAUAUACGGAUGAAAAGGAGAUGGAGGGUUCCAAGCCAACCGAAAGUUCUACUAGUGCACCACCUAAAAAUCAACAAUCACCUCAUCUUAGUCUAAAGGAUAUCACCAACGUUUCCUUGAUGCCUGUAAUUAGAAUUAGAAAACUUUCUCUUUCUCCAAAAAAGAAUCUUGAAAACCCAACAUCAUCAUCUAUGCCUAAGCGUAGGUGCACUGCCAGCGUGAACUAUAAGGAACCCACACUCUCUUCGAAACUAAGAAGAGGAGACCGAUUUACAGAUUUGUGUUUCUUGAAUUCUCCUGUUUUCAAGCAAAAAAAGGACUGUAAGCACAGAUCUAAGAACAAACGUAUUAAGCAAAUAUAA